AUGGCCUCUCGGCGGAUCACACGGGAGACGUUCGAUGCUGUGGUGCAGGACAAAGUCAAAAGGUACCGGAUGGAGCGGGGCGAUGCCGUGGAGGGCACGAUCCAUCAUUUCAAAGCUCAUUCAAGGCCAGUCCCAAGACCAAGAUACGAAGACAGUUUUCACAAUGAUGGAAGAUAUACUCAUGACAACGCCCAGCACCAUCCGCACGACGACUGGAGUGAAGAGCCGAGAGAUGACUACGCAGGACCUUCUUACAGAUCUGCCAGCCCUCUCAUAAGGAAAGAGAACUAUUACCAUGAACAGUACGGCCGCCCGGCGCCUCUUGACCGGGAAUUUGGCCACCCAGUAUCUCGCAACCGGGAGUAUGGGCACCCGGCAUCUCGUGACCGGGAGUAUGGACACCCAGCUUCCCAUGACCGGGAGUAUGGACACCCAGCUUCCCAUGACCGGGAGUAUGGAGACCUGGCUUCUCAUGACCAGGACUAUGGCCCUCCUGACUCUUGGGAAUCCGCUGGACCACAUGAAACUGAGUUUAGUUCUUCGGAUAUUUUAGGUGAUUUUCGAUCACCAGGACUCAUGGAAGAUGAAUAUGGCAACAUGGAGAAUCAGGAGUAUGACGUGGACUUUGGAAUUCAAUCCGACAGCGAGUUCCGACCCCCAGUGCGGAGGGGCAACCUUGGCAGGGGAAGGAUCCUGCGAGGAAAGCGUAUGACAAGGGGCGCUGUUAAAGCUAAAGUGUUCAAAGGUGAUAUCAAACCUCCCCUAAAGAAAUGGAAUGCUAAAAAACUGCCCCCAGGCCCUGAUCAGAAGCCAGCUAUGCAACCUGAUCAAAUGCCAGAAGCUGCUGAACGGCCUAACCCAAGGCCCGUGGCUGUCCAGCGCCCGAAUCAGAAGUUGCCCCCACGACCUAAUCAGAGGCCAGCCAUAACCACCCAGAGACCUAUUCUCAGGCUCCCAAAGCCUGCACAUGUUUUCAGAAAUCUCAGUUUUGACCUUGUGGACAAAUCGGAUAUUUUCUCAACGUUUGGAAUAGAAAUUAUAAAAUGGGCUGGGUUUCACGCGAUAAAAAACGACGCGGAAUUUUCCCGGCUCUUUGGAGCUCUCUUUGAGCUGGAGACAGAAACCUGUGCGAAAAUGCUGGCUUCCUUCAAAUGCUCCUUAAAGCCAGAACACAGAGAUUACUGCUUCUUCACUAUCAAGAGUUUACAACACGCUGCUCUGAAAACUCCCAAAGUGGACAACGAGUUCCUAAAUAUGCUGCUGGACAAAGGUGCUGUGAAAACCAAGAACUGCUUCUUCGAAAUAAUCAAACCUUUUGAUAAAUACAUCAUGAGGCUGCAAGACCGCCUCCUGAAAGGUGUCACCCCGCUGCUGAUGGCCUGCAACGCCUACGAGUUGAGCAUCAAGACGAGCGGGUUUGGCAACCCAAGGGAAAUGGCAAGUGCUUUUGAGACCACUGUUUCUCUCUGUCGAAAGUCUUUAGCGCUCCUGGGUCAGACCUUCGCGCUCGCGUCUGUUUUCAGGCAGGAGAAAAUCCUCGAAGCCGUAGGGCUGCAGGAAAUGGCUCGUCUCUUCCCGAACUUUGACGACUCAACGUUGUUUGGAAGAGAGUACAUUGAAAACUUGAAGGCUUGGUUGGAGAAGAGUGGAUAUCCGAUUCAGAUGAAAAAAAACGAACCAGAGUCCACAGUAGAGCCUAAAACACUCUCUCCUGACGCAAAAGUUAAAAGUGAUGACUGCAUUGUUUUUCUUCCUGCAGCCCCUCAGCGAGCUGACCGGAAAGUUGUGGAGACAAUUGAGCAGCUAGUGACUAGCAUUGUUUCGGGAACCUUGUCUGCCAAAGAGAGAAACGCUCAGAAGAACUGUCCUGAAUAUUGGUUCUUGUCUGAUGAAGAUAGUCUGGAGUACAAGUAUUACAGACUGAGGCUGUCGGAGAUGCAGAGGCGGACAGCACCUGGAAAGGAGGCGGGUGGUGAGGGCAGGACUCCAGAAGAGUCUGCCACGGAGUCGGUCAGGGCCAUGUUGUACGCCAGGAAAGUUGCAAGUAUCAAGAGGCGGCUGUUCAAAAGAAAAAGGCUCGGAAUUAUCGCCCAGCACGGCGCUCGAGGAAGGAGGGUGAGAAGAGCGACCAUAGGGACACAGACUGUGCUUUCGGCUGGGACGGUGCUGAAGCACCAAGACAGGCAUCCUCAAGGCUCCGUCCAGCCAAAGCCUUCUGCAUCAGGAACCAGCCUGCCUGAGAAGAAUUCUGCCCUUGAUGCAACCUCAUCCUCCCAGUGUGCCACCAGUUCAGAGGCCCCUCUGCCAGCAGAAGAACGGGCAGGUUCUGAGGAUUUAUCAGCACCACCUGAGCUGUUCCCACCGUUGUCCUCUCAGUUUCCUGACGUGGAUGCUAAAACGAUGGAGACUGCAGAGAAGCUUGCCAAGUUUGUCGCUCAGGUAGGACCAGAAAUCGAGCAGUUCAGCAUAGACAACAGUGCAGAUAACCCAGACCUUUGGUUUCUCCAGGAUCGAAACAGUUCCGCUUUCAAAUUCUACCGAAUGAAAGUCUAUGAGUUUUGUCCAUCGAUUAACUUCAGUGCUGUGUCAGAAGCAACUGAUGCUGGGGAAGGUGCUAAACCUGAAGAGAGAAAUCUGGAUAUUUUGGAAGAGGAAGAGGAUGAAGAAGAAGAAGAGGAAGAAGAUAAUGAGGAGGAAGCUGAGUUUGAGGAGGAGGCCUCAGCUCCUGCUCCUGGCACCCCAUUUCCUCGCAAACGAAUCAGCAGCAAGUCUCUGAAAGUCGGCAUGAUUCCUGCCUCCAAAAGGAUUUGCCUCAUAGAGGAACCAAAAGUGCAUGAACCUGUCAGAAUUGCUUAUGACAGGCCUCGUGGUUGCCCAGUUACAAAGAAGAAGAAGAAACCAAAAGAUUUAGAAUUUUCACACAAGAAGCUGACAAACAGGAACGUGGGCUUCCAGAUGCUUCAAAAGAUGGGCUGGCAAGAAGGACAUGGUCUUGGUACACGAGGAAAAGGAAUCCGAGAGCCUGUAAAAGUGGGUGCUACCUCUGCAGGGGAGGGCUUGGGUGUUGCAGGGGAAGAAAAUAAAGAAGAUGCAUUUGAUGUUUUCCGUCAAAGAAUGAUACAAAUGUACAGGCAGAAAAGAGCAAGUAAGUAG